AUGGCCACAGCAAAACUGAGCAAUGAGCAGCUGAAGGAGAUGCUGGAUAAACUGCAGUGUCACUUCACCUGGAAGCUGGGCGUUGACUCUUUCAGUCUUUGGCAUCUCCUGCAGAAGUUGAAUGUUGAGAUCAAGCACGCAGCCCAACAGAACCAGGUGGCCCUCCUGGGGCUCCAGGCCUACCUGCACCAGAUGAACAACCAGAGUGAGGAAGCUCUGCAGAGCCUCAAAGCUGCUGAAGAGCACAAUGACGAGAAGCAUCUACCAACAUCUACUGCUGGCUCUUUGAUCAUCUACGGGAAUUAUGCUUGGAUCCACUACCUUCAGGGCUCCUACCAGGAGGCUGAAACCUGCCUGGGACAACUUCAGCAGCUCUGCCCAAGUCCUUGGGACGUGCGGCUCAUCCCACACAUCCAGGCCCUCAAAGGCUGGUCCCUGCUGGCCAUCAGAGCCCGGAAUGGGGAACGGGCAAGAGAGUGCUUCAACACGGCCUUGAUGCUCGAACCAGACAACAGCUCCUUCCGUACUGGGCUUGCAAUGGCUCUUUAUUCCUCCUGGAAUUUCUCCUGGCAACCUGAUAUCGAAAAAGAAGCCAGAAUCCAGUUGGAAAGAAUUGUCCACAUGCAGCCAGAAAACUACAGAGCUAAAAUAUAUUUGGCCAAGCUACUUAAACAAGUUGAUAGGGAAAAAUCAACAAGUUUAGUUCAAGAAUGUGCAGAGAGGAGCUCUGACCCUGAGGUCCUCAAACUAUCAGCUUUGUUCUGGAUGCCACAGUCGGCAGAGAAAGCACUUCAGAUCAUCCAGAGAGCCCUGCAGCAGGACCCAGGUUACCACCUUCUCUACCAGGCCUUGGCCAAGUGCUACAAGCAACAGUGGGUCAAAGCAAAGGAGGAAGACAAGAAUAAGGUACUGUGUAAAGCCAUCAGGGACCUCCAGAAAAUUAUUCAGGAACAUCCAGACCUUGACCUUACACUUGCCAAGCUGCAGCUGGCAGAGUUUAUUGGUGCAAGAGACCCGGCAAAGGAAAAAGAGAUCUACAUGGAGCUGCAGAAGAAAAUCAGCACCCUGAGCCUCAGAUGUCAGCAAGCCCUGAGUCUCUCCUGGGGAAAGUACUUCCUCUACCGAGGGAAAUCCCAGGAGAAGGCAAAAGCCAAGUUCAUGGAAUGCUACAAAAUCCCCGUGCAGACAGACCACAGGAGGGACUGUGGGCGCAGGCUGGUAAAGAUGGCUGAGAUCUACAAGGGGAAGGGUGACACCAAGGCUGCCAGCGCCAUCCACCGCUUCCUCCAAGAGGCCGACCGGCACUGCCCAGGGAACCCGGGGCACUAG